CGGAGUGUGGGCCAACCCUCUUUGUGGGAGGAGGCUCCUAUUCGAGAGAAAAUAAAAGGACUGACAGGGAACGGCACAAACAAUACUGCUCAGGCAAUACAUUGGGAGGGAGGGCUGUGUACUGAGCUCCAGCACAGGUGUGCGACCAGUGAGAGGGUCAUACACACACAGACACGAGAUGACAGCCCCUCACCCAAGACACUUCAUCUUCGGGCGGAUACACCCGGUCCGAGCAUAAAGCCAUCGGAAGAGUGAGUGCAAGGUGAUGUGCAAGGGAUCCUGAUUAAAGUCAGUGAACCCUGCAUCGGGUGAGCACUGGGGGCGGGUGGGUUCUCGGAUAUUCGGGUGUGCUAUACAGUGCUGGAGUGGCCGGUUGACUAGGCAGCAUGAUAAAUAGCGGUGAUGGAUGUGUGGGUGCUCGGGGUACGGAUCUUCGGUCUAUGUGGGUGAAUCACAGAUGUUCUGCAGGGUGUCAAUGUGUAUGUACUGACCGUGUUAGUGUACUGGCAGUGUUUAUUGGUCUGUCACUGGCAUUAUUUAUGCUAUGUUUAGUCCAAUAUUUAUCAUAAAUGAUUCCGUGUUCUGUUCUGGUUUUCUUCUAUCGGUGUUCAAUGCUUGUUUCUCCCUGUUCUGUGGUCCUCUCUGUAUUGAUACAUACACACGUGACGCACCAUAUUACAGAACUUUGCUUUUACCUCUUAGGUUACGUUAAUGUGCAUGUGUAUUGUUUGUUUAAAAUAGUUUGGUACUACAUCGAGUGUUUUUUUUUUUUUUUUUUUAAAUCUUUUCUUUCAAUAAAGCCGUUUUAGAAGUCCAUGUCGUCUAACUAUGUAUUGAUUUAGACAUUCAGGAAAUUGGUAUCAUAGUAAUGUUGAUUUUCUGUUUUCUAAUUGAGCACCUGGUUGUAUAUCUAUAGGGCACUGUCUGUGUUAGACACACAAUGGUAGAAUUGAGCUUUUCCACAAUAAGCUCUAUGUAAACCUGGCAAAUGUUGCCAAGUAAACAGGAGCACAAUGAAACAAUCUAUUCGAACCAGUGGAAAUGUCUAGGAGUACAAGGGACAUGGUUUGAAGAAGCUUAGUGGUAUAAUGUCAAUUUAAAUACUUGCUGGGUUAUUCACUAAAGUGAGAAUUUAAAGUGAAUUUAAAAAUUUAAGCAAAAGUAGCCUGACUGGAAGCAUAGCUGACUUAUAGAAUUUUUCCAAUUCAGCUAUUUUGGCGUUAACUUUGAAAUUCACUUUUUAUUCAACUUGAAACCUCUAGACCAGGGAUAGGCAACCUUUGACACUUCAGAUGUCGUGUACUACAUCCCCCAUAAUGCUGGCAAAGUCCAAAACAUCUGGAGUGCCGAAGGUUGCCUAUGCCUGCUCUAGACUGUAAGCUUGUUUGAACAGGAUCCUUAUUAACCUAUUGUUCCUGUAACAUUUUGUAAUUGUCUCAUUUAUUGUUACAUUUCCCCCUAUUUAUAAUAUUGUAAAGUGUUGCGGAAUAAGGUGACGCUAUAGAAAUGACAAUAAUAACCCUGACAGAGUUGAAAAACAAACCCUCUCCACUAUUCCAAAUUUACAGCUUUUAAAAGGAGUUAAAAUGUAAACCACUCCCUGUCUAGUGUAAAACAAAAUAAUGUUCUUCAACACCAGGGUUAGACAAAUUCCUUGUUACUGUGACAGUCCUGUCAUGUAAUUACUCUUUGAAGAAUUAAUAUCAGGCUUGCUAAUCUGUCUGUAGGCAUGGUGUUUGGACAACCCUUAUCCACUCUAAAUUCAGAUCAAACUAUUGUUUUCAUCCAGGCAUUUUACACACAAGUAAUAGUUAAUGGAUCAUUUUCUUUUCUUAUGUUUAAUUUGAGGUUAUACCUUGGAAAAAGCAUUACAAACAUAACUGACUUUGUCUAUAAGGGUAACAGCUGUCCUUCAUACAUUUUCAUGUUGCUGUCAUGAGAAAAAAAGACUCAAUUAUCCAGAACACCACAUUUUUUUUUAAAAUAUCUUUAGCACUAUUAAUUCUUAUGGCUUUAAUGAAUGGUGCAUAGUGAGUGCAUUUAUAUCUUCAGAUAAAGUACAGCUAUACCGAAAAGUAUAUUUCCUUGUGAUUUCUGCUUUAUUUGAAUGUACCGGCCCGAUGUUCAAUGCCCAUCAGCUUCACAUUUGCUAAUAUAGUAUCUGAAACUACGUGCAACAAUCAGUGUGAUUGUGAGAAACCGUACAAUGCUAAAUUGCAUUUGCUCUAUCUCUACUGACAACGUGUACUCAAUUUCUUGGAAAUUUGUCCCUAAUAUAUUUGAAGAUCACUAAUGUAUCAAAGUUCACCUCCCGCAUUAUUACGAUGAGUAGAAUGGUAUCUAGCUUCUCAUUGGUUGGGCUAGGUUAAAAAUUACUUUUGACACUCCCUGUGCUGUGGACUACCAUAAUCGUGGUUAGCAAUCACUGGCUUACAGAUAACAGGGUUGUUUGCUGAAGCUGACUUGGUUUGUAACACAUUUUCCUUUAUAUUAGAUUUACAAACCGUAAUUUACAUAAUGUGUUUAACCUGAUUUUGUAUAAUCUUGCAAUUGUUUCUCCUGAUGCAGGUGGUGGACAGCAGACUCUUUUUAUUUCUAACUUCUGGGUGUCGUGUUGCUCCCAAAGAUGGCAGAGGGUGCACGGCUGAGAAGCAGUGCUGAGAAGAUCCCAGAAGAGAAGGGGCAGGAUUCUGGCUCCGGAUCGAGCUCUGGGGGAGCAGGUGGAGUUGCUCUGAAGAAGGAGAUUGGGCUGGUGAGUGCCUGCGGCAUUAUAGUGGGUAAGUCAGGCAUGCAUAUAUUUAUGUUUGAUGUAAUUGGUUAAUUAUCUGUGCCUUUUGCCAAAUGCAAUACAUGAUCAUCAAGUCAACAACUUCCGUGCUCUCAAAUUAAAUGUAGUAGUGUAUAUAUUAUUCCUUUAUGCCACUACUUUUUAGAAAAUGAUCCUUUUCACUUAGUUACUGCUCAUCAUAAUAUUACUUACCCCACUUCUCCCUUCAGUAUACCAUGGAUGUGCCUGUACAUAGCAAACCCACAUUCAUUAUGAAUAUUUUGGCACAGACAUUAGCCUGUCAUUGGUGUAGACUUCAGCAAGAUAUAACCCAUACAUCAUACAUUUGGUUUGGUGCGUCCUUUUUGUUUCUAUACAACUUGAAGAAUGUAGAAUAAAAAAAAAAUUUCAAUAGGACAAAUGAUGUUUGCCAUAAGAAUCUAGUGCUUAAUUAUCAUGUUUUGAAAUGUAAUGCUCUGCUCAGUUAGUAUUAUCAGAGCUUUUUAGAUGUGAGUUUGAUGAGCAGGAUGUUUAAACCCAGUUCCAGUUUAUGCCCUAGGCAGCUAUUGGCAUUAGAGAUGUUAACACCGCAAGAAGACCCAUGUAUGAAACCUUGUAGCAUUCCGAUUUCAGAUGCAUGCAAACCACUGGCUCUCUGACACCGUGGUUCCAAUCAAGCUGAAAAGGGGGUUCUACUUUUACGUUUAAGAAGUGCACAGUGUGACUGCUGUUUAGAUGCAAAAUAUUUCAUUAAUAUUAAGUUGUAUUGAACAUUGCAUCUGACACUCUUGGUUGAUUAAAAAAAAAAAUGGCCCAGUGAUUUGAGUGUAGGUCAGAUCGUUGACAAGCACUAAGUUUUUUGAACACAGCACUGUAAGCACUUAUUUGUCCAUCACCAUAAAAACAAAAGAGGCAAUGAGAUGGACAAAUUUGCUGCAGGUAACCUUUAAAAAUGCUUCAGGCAGGACUGUUGAGAUUUCUACCCUAAUGCAUGUAGCAUAUGAAACAUUUACAUAUUGGGAAAUAUUUAUGCUUUCUAUUUGCUUCAACUAGCACUGCAGUUUGCUAGGAUCUCCCACUGUUACUCCUAUGAGUUCAUUAUUCACAAACGCUGAGAUAAAGGAAGAGGGUAUGUCCCAAAAUUAAAGACUCAGAUGCCUCUGAUAGGUAGCCUUUUCGAGGAAAUAACCUUUAGUGUGAUGUUCCUGGUGGCAAUGUUUUUAUUGUUUUGUGGCUACCAGGAAGAAGGAUUCCUGUUACAUUAAUAUAUUCAUUCUUUACAAAUGCUUAGUUGUUUAGCUGCCUUUAGUGCAAUAUAGUCAAAUAACUAUCAAGUGUUCAUGACCAAACCAAUUUACCAAAAAGUCCACUACUGAAUAAACAAUUGCUAAAGGGCAAGACUUUGAUUAAUCGUACUGUUAAUAAUGUCAUCUCAGAUUUGAUUUUCCAUAUGGAAUAAGAUUUUAAUCACAGUCAGAUAAUGUGUGCAUGUCAUCCUUCAAUCAGUUUUUACACCACCUAAACUUAUGGAUGUUUUAUCAGGGAUACCUUAUUAUUUUCAUGCAGCACAAACUCCAAUAAUGCAUGUUAUAAAUAUCUCUUAUGUGCCAUAAAAACUAAUAGUAAUAAUUGUUCAGUAUUAAUAUACACAGAGUAUUGCCAAAGUUGUCUGUUUAACCUUGACGUGUUAGUCAUCGAACGUGGUUGGACAGGUUCCAUAUUCUUAAAGCGGCACUGUCACUGUUUUGGGGCUUUACAGAACUCACAAUGUCCACUGACUGUAACAUCACAGCAGGGGGUUCGGUGGCCAGAGGGACAGAUAAAGGUAGGAUUAACUUACCUGAACCUGUCCUUCUUGGGCGCAGCUAUCUUGUUUGAAAUUUCAGUGUAAGUAGGCCUCAACUUCCAACAUGGUCAAAAUAGGUAUUCCAUAAAGAUUAUAUCUUUAUGAAAAAUGAAUUUUUCAGGGGAGGGUAUUCAGUGCUGCUUUAACUUUACUGCUAGCAUCUAAUCAUUAGGGUGCCAUUUUAUAAUUCUUUGUCGCUGGAUCUCUUCCUGGCCCCUAAAACUGAUCUGACUCAUAAUAAUCAAUGCAUGCUUUAUAAGUAUGCAUGUGUUUGCCUUAAUCAUUUAAGAUCCAAUUGAGCAAGCAUUAUAUCGGAGUGAUGACCUUAGUCGUCACAUUUUUAUUUCAGGCCCUGUUAGUGUGAUACUGAAGGAUUUAUAUGUGUCUCUCUAUUCAUGUGUGAACUCCUUCCUACAAUUUAUAGAUAGUUUAUGGCUGUCCAAUGUAUCCUUUUAAUUGAGUUUGCACAAGCACUAAUCAAGCAAAAGAUUGAGGUUUGUACUUUUACUUGGUAACUGCAGGCAUGCUGUAACACAUGUCUACUUCAUCUUUAACAUCAUACAAAUGGAAAACAGUUUUAUGUGCACAACAAAGGCUAAUUUCUCAUUACUCUUGGUAAAGAUAGCAACCUUUGACAGGACCCCUCUUUACAGGUGUUUAAAAUGUUUUUGUUUUUGUUUUUUAUAGCAAUAUGUCUGUCAUAAAUUGCAUAGUUCAUCCAAACCCCACAAUAAAGAGGAGAUAGCAUGCAAGUCACAUCUGUUAUAAUGGUUAAAGGACCACUAUAGUGCCAGGAAAACAUACUCGUUUUCCUGGCACUAUUGUGCCUCAGGGUCCCCCUCCCGCCUGGCUCUGGAAGGGGGAAAGGGGUAAAAACGUACCUUUUUUUCCAGCGCUGGGCAGGGAGCUCUCCUCCUCCGUUCCUCCCCGUCGGCUGAAUACUCCUCCCCGUCGGCGCGCGCAUUCAGCCGGUUGCAAAGGAAAGCGUUCACAAUGCUUUCCUAUGGACGCUUGCGUGCUCUCACUGUGAAAAUCACAGUGAGAAGCAUGCAAGCGCCUCUAGCGGCUGUCAAUGAGACAGCCGCUAGAGGCUUUGGGGGAAGGCUUAACCCAUUCAUAAACAUAGCAGUUUCUCUGAAACUGCUAUGUUUAUAAAAAAUUGGGUUAAGCCUAGCUGGACCUGGCACCCAGACCACUUCAUUAAGCUGAAGUGGUCUGGGUGCCUAGAGUGGUCCUUUAAUGCAGCAUGAGAUAUGUAAUCUAUGAAAUCUACAAGCCAAUUUUGUUGUUCCCUUAAUAAGAAGUGAGAAAUAACACUAUGGAAGUUAUUAAAGGAACACUAUAGGGUCAAAAAUACAAACAUGUACUCCUGACACUUUACUGGUAACUUCAUUGUUAGGUACAUGGCCCCCCUUUCCUGCCUAUCUCACUCCGGCUCUUGAGCUUAGCCAUAUAAUGCUUUCCCAUAGUAAAGCAUCGGGAGACUGUAGUGCAUGCAAAGCUCCACGCUAGUGGCCAUCUGAGUGACUGUUAAAAUAGGUGUUACUAGGUAGUAAUGUAAAUACUGCCUUUUGUCUAAAAAGGCAGUGUUUACAUUAAAAAUCAUGCAGGGGUGUACUAUAGACACGAGAACCACUACAUUAAGCUGUAGUUGUUCUGGUGACUGUAGUGUCUCUUUAACCUUGCAUGGGCUUUGAUCCGAGCUGGAAAUUGUGUAUUCAUGCACUCUACUCUUCACCAAUGGCGAGUAAAAAGGUUAAUGGCCAGCACGCUAAAUCUUUUUUAAUCAACAACUUAACGAGACAAUGGUGCUCCAUCACCCUAAUGCCCCUUUUAUUGGUGACAGAACCUGUACAAAGGACAACCCUAUGAUUCAUGGAAUACAGAUGAUGAAGAUAUCCAGCUGAAGUGUGAGAGGCACAAUUUUUAAGAUUCUUAGAAACUUCAGCUAGGAGAUGGGUUUCAACGCUUGGUCUUUACGGAUGAUUUACUGUUCACUCUUUCUAAUGCUAUCUAUUGCCUCUCCCACUUGUGGAAAGAAAUGGAAAAGUAUAUUAUACUAUUCAAUGUCAAUGUUGAGAAAAACGAGAUUUUGCCUCUCUAGAUCUCGACUUGAGUAAGAUUGCUACUAUAUUCCAAAUUUCAGUGUAAGUAGGCCUCAACUUCCAUAUAAUAACUUUAAUUAUCAUCAUAGGGACCACUUCAAGGUCAAUUUCCCCCCAGCUCCUAGCUGAAGUUUCUAAGGAUCUUAAAAAUUGUGCCUCUCACACUUCAGCUGGAUAUGUCAUGUUAAUUUUGUACUUAUUUCAGGGUUUUCCAAUAACCACCCUAGUCCUUCUUUGCUAAACUUAAAUAUUUGUUUAUUAAAUUUUUUAAACAAGCUGAGGUCUUCUCCUCACUUAACCCAAGACAAGAAAAAGUGACGACAUGCCGUAUCUCUCCUUAGCUAUUUAUUGACUUAAUCGAUUCUUGACUGAUUUCUCUUUUUGAACACAGCGCCUCUAAAAAGACAAAAGAGAUGAAUCUCAACCUGCAACAAUCUCCAUAGCCAGAAACCAUAGCCAGAUCUUUAAUCUCACUAUAUAUCCAUCCAUCACCACUUAAUCAUUUGUCCCACAAUCCAUUAUUUAUCCCCAACAGUUAUAGCUUUCCUUUCUUUGCGAGAGGGAACUUUUUACAUGCCCAUUUCAGACCUGUUUAAAUGAUCGAACCUAGCACCACUUCCGACCCUUCUCUUAACUAACUUUGACUGUAGUUCAAGACUCAUGACUUAUUUUUAUAAUUAUAUAGUUUACCAAUUAGUAUACUGUAUUGGAUAUCUGACUUAUUGAAUGUAUGUUUUUGGUUUUUUUUUUUAUAUUUCACUUUAGUAACACUAAUAAAAAGAAAAAAACUUAGAGACUUACUGUCUAUGUGGAGCAGAAUACCCUUUUGUCUAAACUGUAAUAUACAUGUUACUACAUAAGCAUGACUCUUACAGUACGGACCUCAUUCUCUACAUAUCUGUUACUGCAGAAAGGGAAGAAUGAUAGAACAGGUACCACAGGAACUAGAGAGGAAGGAAGAGACACGUAAGGCUCUCUGACCUCAAAUGUGAGAAAAUAGCAGUCCCACAAUGCUGACAGUGCUCCCUUAGCUUUCUCAUCGAGCAGUUAGUGUCACGUGAGCAAUAUAAAGCUGAGUAGAGGAGUGAUGUGGUGUACAAGGGUCAUUCAUUGAUGCUGAUGAACCCGUAUUUUGCAGGCAAGGGUGAAUUCUUAAUAAAACUGCUGAGAGUGCAGUUAGACGCGUGCCUUUAUAGUAUUUGUUCCCUUAUUUAAUUUUUCAACUUUGCACAUUCAGCUACUUAAAGAUCUACAGUUAGCACUGAUUGCAGAACUAAAACCAGACUUUCACUAAAAAUUGAAAUAUAAUUAAAUAAUUUCUUUAGUUAGUGCUAGAUCAAGGGCACUCUUGACAAAAGCUAAAAACUAGCUGCAAUGUAAUCCUUGCAUAAAAUAUAGGAUUAUAGUGUAGCGCUUAGAAAUGCAAUAAAUAUGUGCAAAAUAUUCUCUCUUAUGGGGUGUCACAACACCUGUAGACAAAUUCACAACCAACAUGCAGUGUGUUUUUCAAGUGCUCAAGCAAUAAAAACAUACACUUUUGUGUAAUACUUUAACGGUAUGUACCUUUACAAAUGUGUUUUAAAAAUCCUUGUGUAGUGCUUGGUGUGCAAAAAAGUGUCAAUACAAUAUGUCAACUGUGAAAAACAGUGCAUAUAUUUUAAUAAAUAUUUAAAUCAAUAUUAAAAUACUUAGCAGCGAUAUAACUUCUCUGGAUAAAGUAUACCUCAGGAAGAAAAUAUCAGAAAAACAAAUAGAGAAGACUGUUUAUACAGAAAAAGAAGGACGCCACCCUUUGGUUCCAAUGUAAGUAGUCUUUACAGAUCCAGAUGUGAAUAAAAAGGUAUUUUAUUGAAUCCAAUGGUUUGAAAAAGGAUACUCUAAAAAUAGCAUAUAUAUUAAUAAAGCAAAAUCCACAGGUACUAAUUUUGUGCUAAAAAUGCGUUUCACCUAAUCAAGGCUUCCUCUGCAUACUGGUUGUCAAUUUGUUGUCUACGGGUGUGGUGACACCCCAAAAGAGAAUAUUUUGCAUAUAUUUUUUGUUUUUCUAAGCGGUACACAUUAAUCCUACAUUUUUGAAGAGAGUUUUUUUGCGGUUGACACAUGAUAGUGGUUAGCAGCUCAAAGAUUUGAGACAUAUUGAUACAAAGAAAACAUUCUAAGCACCUUCUAUAUAUUUUAACACUUGUAAUCCUGUCAGAGUUUAGUAUGAAAUAGUUAAUAGCAAUGUUUUUUUGCGUGUGUACAUUUUUACCUGCGUAUGGAACUGUCAUAUUUCAAGGGACCUGCUGUAGAUUCUAACUUGGAACAGCUACCCACAUGUUAUAGAUGCAUAAAACCAUACGGUAUGCUUUGCAGACCAUAACCAAUACUGACAUGUGUACUGGAUUUGCUCAUCUACACACUUGACUUUAUAGGAUUGUAGGGCUAGCUUGGAAAUUGAAUUGGUGCACCUGGUAACAAAUCAGUAUCUUAAGCCUGCAAAGUUUAAAAUGUUAAGAGCUUUUACGGUGACACCCCAUGAUUUACAAAGCAUUGGUAUGAAAGGAAUCGGAUGAUGAAACCUACCUUUGCUUGCUAAAUUCUUUCAGCUUUUCAUAACCUGACCUAUUUUGUUUAGUGCUCAUAGAAAUAUUUUAUAUAUACAUUUUAUUUUAUAUCUUGUGAGUAAAAUUGAAGAGGUUUUAGUAAUAUACAUGUUCAGUGGUUUUGUCUUCAACUCCUAAUACCAGGCUGCAUUUGUAACAUCACCUAUGCAGUCCUCAGUACACACUUAAUAAGGUUCCAUAUUAAAUUAGCGAAUUAACACAUAAUUGUCUGCACAGUUGUAUAUUGUGUGAUUUAUUUUUUUUAAAUUUCUGGAAGUAAACACAUCCUAUCCUCAUUAAUGGUGGAGCAUUCCCUGUAAAAAUCAAUUUGUGGCAAUCACGUCUGUCCCCAAUUGCUAACACCAGAGGUCUAUGAUUAAAAGCAAUUACAUUUUGGUGCAGGAACAGAAAUUUGGGAACUGAUAUAGCAUAACAGUAUUUCACAUUCAUCUGACGAGAAGAAGCUUUAUAGUAACAGAACAAACUAAAUGUAAUGUCACAUCCCUGCUACGCGAACAUAGAUUUGAUUAUAUUCUGUCUUUUUUUUUUCCCUUUUAAUUUCCUUUUUCCUACGUUAGUCACUCUCGCAGCUAUAUCAUCAUCUCUCCCUCCCCCCAUUUGCUGUGAAUAAUAGAUAAGAAGCUGACGUGUGAGCGCUAUUUAUAGUUGUGACGCUGGCAAAUGUGGCACUGCUGAAUGUAGAUCUUUAGGCGAUGGAUCAAGGGCAGUAUGUUGUAAGAGGGUUCUUAGUCAUGUAUAUUUUUCACACAUCGCAUCUCCAGUAUGUUGGUGUGUCACUUUACUCUCUGCUCUCCACUCAGACAGAUGUGAGUUCUGUGUCUGUAUGAAUGCAGGUUAACCCCUUAAGGACACAUGACAUGUGUGACAUGUCAUGAUUCCCUUUUAUUCCAGAAGUUUGGUCCUUAAGGGGUUAAGGUAGCAAUAUCUGUUCCUGGAGCAAAAAGUAAGCAUGCAAUUUUCUGCUGUUUUCUUUAUCCAGUACAUAGAACAACGCCUGCUCAGUGUUUGCUAUACACAUUCUUUGUGGAUGUGUAUGGAUACCUGCAUUGGAGUGGAUGGCUGCCUGGCACCACUGUCUAUGCACAUCCUGCACUUAGUAGUGAAUGUAAAGAAAUUUAGUGAUCAUGACUUGUGAUAAAUACUUGUAUAUGCUGACCCAGUACAUCAACUGUAGGCACUGUCCUGGUGUUUGUGGGUCAUUAGUCAUAAACAUGACUGAGAUAUUUCUACUGCUGUAAUACUGAAGAAUCAUUCGGUAAAGGCAGCCAUAGUUAUAACUUCUGGCAUAUACGGUAUGUCCUCUUGAAUGAAUUAUGUAAAACCUGUCACCUGUUUAUACCUUGUUUUCUCUCUAAAUCUCUUCAUAGACAGUAAUUAAAGGUCUAGAACGAAGACCAGUUAUUAGCAUUUUUUUAGGUAAUAGAGUCAAGACCAAAGAUAGAGAUGGAUCAAAGGUUGAGAAACUGCAAAGUCAGGCAUAUCAACAGGACAACAGCAUUAUACUGAGGGCAAAGUCACACAGUGCAGUGCUGAAGCAGUUAGCGCUUUGAAUGUUGUCUUGUUUCCUUAUAUUAUUUGAACCUCAAGCAUGAAACCUGCCUAUUGAACUCUUCACUGGAAACAGUUAAAUGGGGAGCACAUCAUAAACCCCUUGGAAGCUGAGAUAAUAAUGUACCAGUGUUAUUGCAUUUUUUUUUUCCAGUAAUCGCAGAAAAUGCCUCUGAGUAAGAAGUGGACCUCACUGUGCGUCAUAAUCCCUCUGCCUGUGCAUGAUUAAAAUCCCCAACCCCCACAGCACCAAAAUUGCCAGCUCUUUAUAAUAGAAGAUUUUUUUCACUUGUUUACAACCCAUGUUUCUGAGAUCCUUUUUGAAUCCACCUGCAAGUGGAUAAAUGACUUUUUAAUUUUUGUAAAAUUGCUGCCGCUAAGCUGUAGGAAAGCAGAAUUGCUAAACCAUAGUACUAAGAUUGUGUUCAUCUGUGGAAAUUUGCAGUACUGUGACAGUGACCAAAUUUAUCCUGCAUAUGCACAAGUGAUCCAUACUCCACCCUGUUUGUACAUUGUCUUGAACUCUUUAUUGCAGGAUUACUAUUAUCAUUAUUUAUAAAGUGCCAACAAAUUCUAAACUCUUCCUUCAUCAUAUAGAUGUAGCUUUCCUUCUCCCAAUAUAAUAGCACUGUAUACAAAUAUGGUCUGAAAGCUCUAAAUAAAAAUACUUAAAAUUCAUAUAGAGCUGCAAUUAAAAAAAACAGCUUUAUACAUGUAAAGGACAGAGCGCACACACAGACAUGUGUGUGAAACUGAACCGUGCUAAUCUUAAAAUGGUAAUACAAAUGAAAAAUAUUAAAGCAAUUCAUUUGGACAUUAAAAAAAAAAAAAACUUUAUUUUUAAAAAGGGACAAACCAGUCCAGUCCACAUUAAAAAGGUCCAAAGUCCAAAAUGUUUAACAAGUAAAAAUGUUAUAAAGUGCCGUCGGGGAAUACUCUCUGCAAUUUGCCUUGAGAUUUUGUAUGAACUCAUAGUGGGCAUCAAAGACAGAAAAAACAAAAAACAAAACUAUUGCGCAAAAAUGUUAUGUACAUAAUACCGCACCAGUAAAAUUAUGCUUACAUGGAUAAGUGAGUAUGGUAGCACUGAUAAAUUCCCAUAAUUGAACUCCAUGCAGAAAUUUCUGAAAUUAACUUUCAUAGAAUCGCAAGACUCCGCCAAGGCGGUUUGCCACAAUUCCAAUGUUUGGGCUGUCUAUUGAGUAGCCUCGAUCUGCUCCUUGUUUCAACUACCUAUGCUUGUGUUCUGUUGCCUGUUGUAUAAUCCUUCUCUCACGACCAAUACUUCCAAUUGGUAUCCUUUUGAGAGAAAUCCACUCUGCGUUGUGUUUUAAUAGUGAAUGUAAUAUCCCUGUGUCACCUCUUCCAAGAACUAACAUAUAUCUUUAUCCCCUUGUCCAGAUAAAUAUAUGACUAGCACUACUAAGGUAUUCUACCCGAUAUUACAAAUAAACAGCCAACACCAUAGUUCUUACCAGAGCGAAAUCUUUACUUAGAAUCUGCCCAAUUAAAUAUUACAGAAGAAGAAUGUUAGAGUUCUAGUAUUACAGAGUUACAAUACAUUCAUAACACUCACACAUUCCAACUAUCUAAUAAUAUCUACUGUAUGGUGUAUGUGCUGUGAGAUGUUGUAUACAGCAUAUGUGUCUUACCAAACCUAAUCUAAUGUGAUGUCAGUAUCUUCUAUUUUUAAAGGAAUUGGUUCCUCAACUCAAUUGAUAUGUAAAUGUGAUUUACUUUCCCAAGGUCCAAAGUGUUGUCUAUCCUGUUAUUUUAUUUAAGUGUUUACUCUCCCAGCCAUCCCUUUGCCUCUAACCUAAGGUGUGUUUUCCUAGAUAGAGACUCCUUUGAAGACCAGUUGAUAUGUAAAUGUGAUCAGUGCCUUUCAGUUGCUGUAUCUUUCCAACUAUCUAAACAGAAACUCCCUUUGAAGAUAAUUCCUGACCUCCCAUACACACAGACUUAAUCAAGCACAUAUUAAAAAGAUAUAUAAUCAUAAUAUUUCCCCAACAUUGCCAAGUGACCAGAUCCAUUUUUUUUCUCACAAGAGGCUUUCUCAAUGGUAUGUCCAUACAACAUCUUAGCGAUCUAUAUUUGAGGUUAGCUCACAUUAUAGGUUCUUUUCAAUAUUUUAUUCAAUAGUUUGAUUUCUAGAGUAAUAAUGAUUCACCUGGUUGUGGGAGCAGUGAGGACGGAAUGAGACAUAGUGGGAACAGAAUUCCACAGAAGAAAAGGACUGCAUUCGUUCCAGGACCACAGGUUGUUUAGCUGAAGCAGGGCCAACAAUUUCAAUGCAUAAAAUAUGUCAAAAAAUAGGCUUCAGGCAGUCACUGGGUUCAAGGUGUAAAAUAGUUUUAUUGGAUCAUGUACAGAGCAAUUUUUCAACUUUAACAAAGGUCUUUAUCAAGCUAACACCACAUAGAACAUCACACUCGCUCUCUCACUCUCUCUAUAGUAAACCAAUUAGUGUUCAUAAUAACUUACCCCAUCCUUCCAGUUGUGAUAAGGGACAAGGAGACAGACAAUAAAGUAUGGCGACAAAAUCAUCCGUGGAACGAUGAAAAAAAACAAACACGUCCACUGUUGGUGAAACACAAGAGAUACACCAUGCCAGUAAAAGCGCUAAAGCACGAACCACGUAAAGGCGUGUAGACGUCAUAAUAGUGCAAGGCUUAAAGUCCAAAUGCAGCCUCGUAAAAGAUAGAAAAGCGCAAACACACAGGCAAAAUAAAUAAAAAAGAGUUUUGAAUGAAACUACCAAACUGAACAAGAGACACUUCGCCAUGGUAGAUAGGAAAGCGCAAGAGCACAUGCCCACAGGCAAAAAAAAAAAUUAUAAUCGAAAUAAAAAGAAAAUAUGGUUUCUACCAUGCUAGAAAAAAAGAACGGUGCACCCCCGCACAGGAUAAGACCAGACACGUACGGCAAUACCGUACCCUCUCCUUUCCCUAUCUUCCUCACCCUUUUCUAUUUUCACUAAUCAACUCCCACCCAUACACCCUAACCACCCCACGCCCACACAGGUCUUGGACAAAGACUGAGGCGACAUGUAUGCAUCCUCAAACCCACACCCAAAACGUGAAUCAUGGGAACAGAGGUGGGAGUAAACCCCACCCCCCAAAACACAUACACCAGUCUCACCGCAGCGAAACUCCAGAGCGACCCGAACAUCAAUCUGGGCCACGAGCGCACACCGAACCUCAAAGACCAUGGCCCUUAAAGUAUCCUCACUAAAUGUUAAAGGCCUCAACGCCCCACGUAAGCGACGCACACUUUUUAGAGAAUUGAAAAGAUUAAAUCCUGACAUAGCAUUCAUACAGGAGACACACCUAUCUCGAUCCGCACAGGUCUCCCUCCGUGAUAACACAUACCGCCUAGUCGCAGAGGUACAAACCUUCCAUAAACAUAACGGAGUAGCAAUUUUAGUACACAAACGAUGCCCAAUACACGUAACCCAAGUGACUCCUGACCCAGACGGUAGAUACGUCCUAGCAACCGGCUGGAUUCAUUCACAACCCAUUCACUUACUCAACAUUUAUGCUUCCAACACACCAACACCACAAUUCUGGAACCAGAUGUCGACAUGGUCUUUUCACUGCCCACCGUGAUUAUCCUCCUAGGGGGCGACCUAAAUGCUACUCCCGCCCCAGCAGCAGAUAGAAGCUCAUGCCCGGGGCUGAUCAGAUCCCAUGGCAAAGGCACACAAGACAAACAACUACACCACUUCAUCCGUAAAACAGGCCUCAUAGACGCAUGGAGGACACAACACCCCUGCCACAAAGAUUACACCUAUUACUCGCUGCCCCACGACACAUACUCAUGCAUAGACAUGUUCUUAACUAACCACGCAGGCUACACAAAAACACACAAAAAUGAAAUAGGUCAGACCAUGCGGACAUCGCAAUCUACCUUAGCGGCCUCCAUAGCUCUACCCCGUGGACGUGGAGACUCAACAUGUCCCUCCUCAAAGAUCCCCAAGUCGUUGACGACAUUCAAAAACAGAUAAACACAUACUUUACAGAAAACCUAACACCAAAUAUCCCCAUGACCACGGUAUGGGCAGCCCACAAAGCCGUGAUCCGGGUCUCCCUUAUCAAAAUAGCGACUCUCAAAAAACACAAACUCACUCAACUGCUAAAAACCCUCCGUACAGCGGAGCAACGCCAUAAAACCGACCCAAAUCCCCAAACACUACAACUACUCCAAAACACCCGCAUUACUAUCAGACAGUUACUCAUAGAUGACACAGCCCGAGCACUCACAUGGUCGAAAGGGACAUUCUACAACAAAUCCAACAAAAUGGAUAUAUUACUAGCCCGCACGCUAUGACCCAGAACCCAACACCCCCAUAUCACAACGAUAAGAGCCCCAGAUAGCACAUUGAAGACCUCUCCGACUGAAAUAGCCCAGAUCUUCACAACCUUCUAUACAACGUUAUACAACUAUUCCCCACAAGAUAACAUAGUUGCAUAGUUACAUAGCUGAAAAGAGACUUGCGUCCAUCAAGUUCAGCCUUCCUCACAUAUGUUGUUGCUGUUGAUCCAAAAGAAGGCAAAAAACCUAGUCUGAAGCGCUUCCAAUUUUGCCACAAACUAGGAAAAAAUUCCUUCUUGACCCCAAAAUAGCAGUCAGAUGUCUCCUUGGAUCAAGCAGCUAUUACCCCACUAAUUAGAAAUUAUAUUCCUGUAUGUUUUGUUUUUGUAAGUAUUUAUCCAAUUGCAGUUUAAACCUCUGUAGUGACUCUGACAAAACCACCUCUUCAGGCAGAGAAUUCCAUAUCCUUAUUGCUCUUACAGUAAAAAAAAACUUUUCUUUGCCUUAGAUUAAAUCUCCUUUCUUCCAGCCUAAAUCUGUGACCUCGUGUCUUAUGUAUGGCCCUGUUUAUGAAUAGAUUUCCAGAUAAAGGUUUGAACUGGCCCUGAAUAUAUUUGUAUAAAGUUAUCAUAUCCUCUCUCAGGUGCCGUUUUUCCAAACUAAACAGAUUUAAUUUUUUUAACCUUUCUUCAUAACUAAAAUGUUCCAUUCCUUUUAUCAAUUUUGUAGCUCGUCUCUGGACUUUUUCUAGUGCCAUGAUAUCUUUCUUUAGAACAGGUGCCCAAAAUUGCACAGCAUACUCAAGGUGUGGUCUUACCAGCGAUUUAUAAAGAGGCAAAAUUAUAUUUUCAUCCCGAGAAUGUAUGCCACUAUUUAUACAUGACAAAACCUUACUGGCCUUAGCAACUGCAGAUUGACAUUGCAUAUUGCUGCCUAAUUUGUUAUCUAUAACAAUUCCCAAAUCCUUCUCGUGCGUGGUUAUCCCUAAUUCACUAUCAUUUAGUGUGUAAGUUGCUUAUGCAUUCUUAACCCCGAAGUGCAUAACUUUGCAUUUCUCUACUUUAAAUUUCAUGUGCCAUUUUAGUGCUCAGUCCCCCAAUCUAUCCAAAUCCUUCUGCAGCAAAGCAAUAUCCUGCUCACAUUUUAUUACUUUACAAAGUUUUGUGUCAUCUGCAAACACUGAUACAUGGCUUUCAAUGCCUAUUUCAAGAUCAUUUAUAAAUAUGUUAAAUAAAAGCGGUCCCAAAACAGAACCCUGAGGGACACCACUUACCACUUUUGUCCAGCCUGAAAAUUUACCAUUAAUUACAACUCGUUGUAAUCUAGCCUUAAGCCAAUGUUCUACCCAAGAACAAGAAUAUUCAUCUAGACCAAUUUCUUUUAGUUUGAAGACUAACCUAUUGUGAGGAACCGUAUCAAAUGUCUUGGCAAAAUCCAAGUAGAUCACAUCCACUGCAACACUACAGCUACUCCUGAGCCAAUGCUCCCAACAUCUUCACUCAAACGGGCAAAUCUGUUAGGCUGCAUGAGAUCAGGACUAACUAAACCUUUUCUCUUCCCUCCCCCCCGCUUCCUCACUCCACUUUCACCCAGCUACGUGACUGUUCCCCAACGCCGAUGCGAAUCGGAAAAUAACUGACAUUUAGUUCAUGCCGCCGACCAGGUAGGUUUCAUACCGACAGUUAUUCGAAAAUACUAGAUGAAACAUUGACAUAAUAUGGAUGCUAGCAACCGCAAAAACACCAUCUUUAGCGCUUUCACUUGACGCAGAAAAAGCGUUUGAUCACGUAAAAUGGCCCUUCAUGUUCGCACUCUUAGAACAUCUGAACAUGCCCCCCCAUAUAUCACAGCGGUACGCGCAUUAUACACGAAUUUCUCAGCACAAAUAAAGAUAAACAGGACGACCUGCCCGUCAUUCAACAUAACCAACGGCACCCGACAGGGAUGCCCCCUAUCCCCGCUACUCUUUGUGCUGACUCUCGAACCACUCCUUCAAGCCAUUAGGGAACAUCCCCAAAUUAAAGGGGUUAAAAUAGAAGACCAAGAAUUCCUAGUAUCUGGAUACGCAGACGAUAUCAUGCUGACCUUAACCAAACCUAUCCCCACGAUGCGGGCAUUGCUUCCACUCCUGGGAACACACGGUGAGAUCUCGGCAUACAAAGUAAAUGUGGAAAAAUUCAGUGAACUCCCCAUAAACCUCACACAGACGGACAUAGCCAAAAUUACCUCAGACCACCACAUACACGUUACACCAACUUUCCUUACAUACCGUGGUAUCAAAUUACCAGCAGACCCUACCGUACUCCACAGACUAAACUACACACCCAUAAUAGACAAACUCAUCUCGGACAUGGAGACCUGGACGGACAAACCCAUAUCAUGGAUAGGGAGAAAACACUCAAUUAAGAUUAACAUCUUCCCCCGAAUUUUAUUUCUAUUCCAGGCCAUACCCAUCACAAAACACAAUCUCAUCCCACUACAACGGACAAUUGAUAGAUUUAUAUGGCAGAAUAAGAGACACAGAGUAGCCCGUAACAUAGUAUAUCGCCGCAAAAUGAGAGGUGGCCUAGGUCUACCCCAUCUACACUUCUAUUACAUAGCUGCCCAGAUGGCACAAAUAGCCCUAUGGCAUACCACCCGGAGACUAGAAGGUGGGUGGAUCUGGAAUCGUUGCUCACGAGAUCCAAUCUCCCACAAUUCUACAUCUGGACCCCAAAAGAGCACAGGGCCCUCCCGAGAACAGCAUUCCCAGCCAUUACCAAUUCAAUUAUGGGACAGAUACGCCCUUAAAUACGAACUAACCUCUAUGACCUCCCGUCUUACCCCGAUAUAUCGUAAUAGGGCUUUCACACCAGGCAUGAGACCCUGGGACUUCAAAGGCCUAGAGCAAGCCAGCCUCCAGAGGGUAUACCAACUUUAUACGGGCGACACGAUAAUCACCUUCCUAGACCUACAAUCCAGAACAACCUUGACACCAGCCGACUUCUUUAGAUAUUUACAACUCAAAAACUACACGGCCCAAGCGACGGUGAAAACAGCAGCCAAAACCAAACCGACUUUCCUUGAGCGAAUCUGCCUAGUGGAACAAUAUCAAAGAGGCAUGAUCACCCAACUGUACUCCCACCUCACGGGAGUGGGGAGAACUGCAAUACACCGACAAAUGGGAAACAGACUUGGGGGAAUCUUUAGAGGGUAUUGAUUGGCAGGAUAUAUGGGAAGCCAACACCAAAACCUCCGUCUGCGUCACGAUGCAGGAACAGGCUUGUAAAACAAUGCUCAGAUGGUACAUUACCCCGGUCCAAUUGUAUCACAUGAAAAAAACACCUACAGAUCUCUGCUGGCGUAACUGCGGAGAAAAAGGGACAUACACCCACAUGUGGUGGUCCUGCCCCACAAUUAAACUCUUCUGGAAAGGCAUCCAAACGCUCACAUCACAAAUACUACAUAGACCAGUAGACCUUAACCCAUGGACAUUAUUCCUGGCCAAGCCCCUUGACAAUUGGUCCAGACCAGAACAACAAUUGAUAAAAAAAAUAGCAUUGGCAGAUAGAAAAGCCCUAGCCCAAACAUGGUUACGACCCAUCCCCUCCCCCCCCAAAUGUCUACAGUGCUCAACAAAAUUAAAGAGUGUCACCUCAUGGAUAAAUUGACGGCCCAAAUAAGAGGCUCACUGAAAACAUUCACUAAGACAUGGGAAAAUUACGUUGACAAACAAUAACUCACCCCGUCCUCAUAUACCAAAACCCGCCUUCCCACUCCCUAUCAUUAGGCCGAAUUAACCGGUACCCUGGCCUAUAAGUUCAACACACCAAAGCCACCAAAAUAAGAUGGCAACUUAAACAUACUGUUAUGAUAUUAUUCAUGUUUUACGUUACCACUUGUUGUUCUUUCCAUUUAUAAUACUUAUAAAACCAAUGACAGACAGAUCUUUAGCACAGAUGAUGCACACAAAAUGCCAUGAACACCUCAAGAACCACCUAAUGGCAAUACAUACUUCUUGAAUUCACAAUGAGGCUUCUGCGCAAGCCAUAUGACUGCAUUGCGUAACUUUCUCUGUCAUUGCAAAAAUAAAGAAUUAUAAAAAAAAUUAAAAAUGCCAAACAUUCACAGCUAAAAAUCAUACUGAUGUGCAAAAUUAUUUGCGAAACAUCAAAAGAUGCGUAUGUGCGAUAUAAUUCAUAACUUGCAUCUAGUGGUAAGUGAAUACAAAAUCUGAAAAAAAGACUGAAUAUAUUUUAAAUAUAAAGUGCAAUCAUAAAGCAGUUCAUAUUAUUUUAAUCAUAGACUGAUUCUUAAAGAAAGACCUAUAGUUACUAGAACUACAGCUUAAUGUAGUUUUUCUGGUGUCUACUGCCUGUCCCUGCAGGCUUUUUAAUGUAAAAACUGCCUUUUCAGACAAAAGACAGUGCUUACAUUACUGCCUAGUAACGCCUCUAGUGGCAUACUGCAUGGAGGUGCUGAAAGUUCCUCAUUGAUUCAAUGCAUCUCAAUGAGUAGAUGCUGAUUGGUGCAGCGCAGCGUUUUGCCAAGCAUGAGCAAGAGCUCAUUGGAAAGCAUUGGAUUGGCUGAAACCAUCAAGUAUGAUGAUCUCAGUCAAGGGGGCUGGGCGGAGUCAGCCGAGAGGAGACCCGCGCUGUACUUGGGGGGGGGGAAAAAAGGGGAAAAUCAACAAGAAACUUGACGGCAACUAGCUUGUGGAUAAGUUAAGGGUGUAAAAGAGAACCAGUACCAAAAGUUCACAAGAAUAAAAUAUUAAACGUAUUCUGUCAGUUUAACCCCUUAAAGGACCACUAUAGUGCCAGGAAAACAUACUCGUUUUCCUGGCACUAUAGUGCCCUGAGGGUGCCCCCAACCUUAGGGUCCCCCUCCCGCCGGGCUCUGGGGAGAGGAAGGGGUUAAACGUAGCUUUCUCCAGCGCCGGGCGGGGAGCUCUCCUCCUCCUCUCCUCUCUCUUCUCAUCCUCCUCGGCUGAAUGCACAUGCGCGGGAGGAGCCGCGCGCGCAUUCAGCCAGUCCAUAGGAAAGCAUUCACAAUGCUUUCCUAUGGACGCUGGCGUCCUCUCACUGUGAAAAUCACAGUGAGAAGCACGCAAGCGCCUCUAGCGGCUGUCAAGAGACCGCCACUAGAGGCUGGAUUAACCCUAAAAUAAACAUAGCAGUUUCUCUGAAACUGCUAGGUUUAAAAAAAAAAAAAAAGUUAACCCUAGCUGGACCUGGAACCCAGACCACUUCAUUAAGCUGAAGUGGUCUGGGUGCUUAUAGUGGUCCUUUAAGGACACAUGACAUGUGACAUGUCAUUAUUCCCUUUUAUUCCAGAAGUUUGGUCCUUUAAGGGGUUAAAGAUAAGUACUAAAGAUUACUGCUAAUGAUAAAAAGUUAAAACACUCCUACUCAGAUUAAUGUCAAUAGAAUGUCCUUUAGGGUAUAGCGUAACCAGUCUUCUGAUCCAAAAUGCCUCUCGUAGCAGAAAUUGUUUACUAUUAUGCCCGUUCUUUGGGUUUCUGGAACAUGUUCAGUAAUCUGAAAUUUAAAUUGAGAGACAUGUGUAAUGGGCCCAAAAUCCAUUGGCAUCCACCAUUUUAUAAGAGGAGCCAUGGCCACAGCAAUAAGUGCAGUUGCAUAGCUAAGGUUUAAACUGGGGCUUACAGCCCUAUCCUCAGGUUGAAAGGUUCAGUCUCAUGAUAGCCAGAGCUGUGAGGCAAGAAAUUCUUAUCACAAGACACUGUCUGAGUUUAGGUAUUAUAACAACAAUCCAUAGUAGACUUCACUCUGAUCUCCACAAUGCAAUGUGAAGGAUCAUUAUUAUUUUCUUGAUGAUUGUGUCUGCAUGCCUGAGCAAGUAAGCUAAGGGAGUUUGGAAGGCAAACCAUGCCAACAUACUUAAUAUAUGCAUUUCAGAGACUUACACAGCCAGUGAACUGUAACACAGAGCUUGACAGAUCCCAGAAGCCUGGAAGCCAUUGACCCUAACAUUUUAUUUUAUUUUAUUUUAUUGCUGGUACAUCAUUUUUGCCUAUUUUACUACCAAUUUUCCUUGGCUCCAAAAACAAAACUAGUAGACUGUAAGUGAAAGUAAAAUACAAAAAUAUGGUCUGCGAGCUAACCAAUUUUAUCGGAGCCACUAACAGUUUAUAUAGUAACCAAAAUUGUUGGACAGACUUAGUUUUUUUUGGAGAGGGACUGCAUGUACCCCUGCUUCCUAUAUUUAUGGUAGCUGUGUGUGUGUGUGUGUGUGUAGGGAGAGAGAGGUAUAUAUCUCUAUCUCCUUCAAAAAAUACGGCACUCUAGAUGUCCUGAUGGAACUGAAACGUUGACUUGGAUUUUCUUAAUUAAAGAAAGAUUUGAAAAGCCUAGAGUGCCGGUAUUUUUUUUUUCAAGGUUAUCUAUUAUGCUGCUGGGCACUGGGUUCUGGACUUAAGGUUGGAUUGCAAGUGUUGGGAUUUGUUUGUGUGUGUACCCGUAUAUACUCGAGUAGAAGCCGAGUUUUUCAGCACAUUUUUUGUGCUGAAAAACCCCAACUCGGCUUAUACUCGAGUCAGUCUGUAUUAUGGCAAUUUACACUGUCAUAAUACAGACCAGGACCGCCGGGCUCAUUGCAAGCCCGGCGGUCCUGUUGGGGGCUGGCAGUGAGCUCUUACUUACCUUCCUGCAGCUCCUUCAGAGAGCUCUUACUUACACCAACGGAGCUGACCUGACGGAGGAGAAGGAGCUGACAGGAGCUGCAGGAAGGUAAGUAACAGCUCGCUGUCACACUGAACUGCCAAUGCCACUGGACCACCAGGGAUUCCAUAUUAUUAUUUUAAUAUUAUUUUAAUAAUAUUAUUAAAAUAAUAUAAUCUUAAAAUAAUAACAUUAUUUUAUUAUUAUAUUAUUAUUAGGGAGGGGGGACAAAAAACAUUUUAAAAAAUAAUGCAAAUAUUAAUAUAAUAAUAAUAAUAAUAUAGUAAUAUUAUUAUUUUAAUAUAUUAUUUUAAUAACAAUAUUUUAUUAUUAUAUUAUAUUAAUAUUUGCAUUAUUUUAUUUUAAAUGCUUUUUGUCUCCCCUCCCUGGCCAGGCAACAAGCAGGGAGGGGGGACAAAAAAACAUUUAAAAAAAUAAUAAUGCAAAUAUUAAUAAUAAUAAUAUAGUAAUAUUUUAAUAUUAUAUUAUUUUAAUAACAAUAUUUUAUUAUAUUAUUAUUUUAAUAUUUGCAUUAUUUGUUUUUUAAAUGUGUUUUUUGUCCCCCCUCCCUGGCCAGGCAACAAGCAGGGAGGAGGGACAAAAAAAAAUUAAAAACAGUUAUGCAAAUAUUAAAAUAAUAAUAAUAAUAAUAAUAAUAAUAUAAUAAUAAAAUAAUAUUAUUAAAAUAAUAUAAUAUUAAAAUAAAAAAAAUUCAAAUUAAAAUGCCCUCCUCUCACCCAGUUUACACACACUGCACAAACACACACUGCAUUCAUUAUAUAUACACACUGCAUUCAUUAUAUACACACACAAACACACACUCUGCAUUCAUUCUAUACACACACUGUAAAUAAAUAUUCAAUUUAUGUAAUUUUAUUGGGAUCUAAUUUUAUUUAGAAAUUUACCAGUAGCUGCUGCAUUUCCCACCCUAGGCUUAUACUCGAGUCAAUGAGUUUUCCCAGUUUUUUGUGGUAAAAUUAGGGGCCUCGGCUUAUAUUCGGGUUGGCUUAUACUCGAGUAUAUACGAUAAUAUGGGCAUUUUGUGCAUUUUUAUCUGCAUUUUGUUGCUGCCACCUUAACGCAUCUCACCAUGACAAUUACAUGGUUAUUCACUUAACCCCUUAAGGACACAUGACAUGUGUGACAUGUCAUGAUUCCCUUUUAUUCCAGAAGUUUGGUCCUUAAGGGGUUAAAGGACCACUAUAGUGCCAGGAAAACAUACUAGUUUUCCUGGCACUAUAGUGCCCUGAGGGUGCCCCCCCCCCUCGGGGUCCCCCUCCCACUGGGCUCUGGGGAGAGGAAGGGGUUAAAAUCUUACCUUUCUCCAGUGCCGGGCGGGGAGCUCUCCUCUUUCAUAGCGACGUCAUUAGCUGAAUGAGCAUGCGCGGCAGGAGCCGCGCAUUCAGCCAGUUCAUAGGAAAGCAUUUACAAUGCUUUCCCAUGGACGUUGGCGUCUUCUCACUGUGAUUUUCACAGUGAGAAGCACGCAAGCGCCUCUAGCGGCUGUCAAUGAGACAGCCACUAGAGGCUGGAUUAACCCUAUUAUAAACAUAGCAGUUUCUCUGAAACUGCUAUGUUUAUAAUAAAAAAGGGUUAACCCUAGCUGGAGGUGGCACCCAGACCACUUCAUUAAGCUGAAGUGGUCUGGGUGCCUAUAGUGGUCCUUUAAGGGAGAAUUUAGUGAAUUGCAAAUUGUGGUCGGAGAAAUAUAUAUUAAUCAUCCUUCAGUAUUCUUUUGAGGAGUUUUCUUGCUGAAUCAAAACAUUUUAAGAAGUGAAAUAAUCUUAUCAGUUUUUUACCUCCCCCUCUCCUGCACAUCACUAUCUGUCCUUGUGUGUCUGUAAAACCAAUCAGUAAUACAAACAAUACACUCCCAUAGGAUGUAGACCUGGAGAGCCAAAGGUUAUGUAUCAGCUUCCGAAAGUAAUAAUUUAGGUUUCCAUACACUAAUUUUCAGACAUGUGAUAACACUUUUACACUCAUCUCUGUGUAAGAGAAAAUCUGCAAAGUGUGAGCCCUAUUUUAUAAUAUGGGUUUUCUAUCUGAAAAAAAAAAAAUCAAUGUAUGUUCGUGUCUUACACUGUUCUCCUCUCAUGUGUAAUAUAGUUGGUAGUUGAGGUUACUAGUCACUAGUUACACUUAGUGAAGAUUAAUAAAAAUGGUAACUUUCACUGGAGAAACAAUCAAUAAUAUGAAAAUAAAAUAAUAGAAAAAACACAUGCACAAUUGUUAGACUUGUAUUAUGCAAAAAUACAGAGCUACUUAAUGAAAAUUCUUGCCUUGCAUACUCUCACAUUUAAAGGGGCUUACUUACUAAACUGGAAAUUGUGGAACAUUGAUGAGGUAAUUUGAAAUUAGGCCAACCUUUAUCAGUGUACUAUUUUGGGCUAAAAUUAGCAAUUUUAACAUUUUCAAGAAUAGUUAAAAAAUCAGAAGAUUCAUCAACAGCGUUUUAAGAUAAUUACCACCUCUAUCAGCCUACAUAACCUAUUUUUUUUCUCUUCACGUAGGUAAUAUCAUCGGCUCUGGUAUAUUCGUAUCCCCUAAGGGAGUGCUGGAAAAUGCAGGUUCUGUGGGGAUGGCACUAAUUGUGUGGAUUGUCACAGGUGUAAUCACAGCAGUUGGUGCUCUCUGUUAUGCUGAGCUUGGGGUCACUAUUCCCAAAUCUGGAGGAGAUUACUCCUAUGUGAAGGACAUUUUUGGAGGACUUGCAGGGUAUGUAGGAUAUUUGUUAAUAUUUAUUUGCUGAAGUCAUGGCAAAUGAACUGGUUGGCUCACUGAAGCUGGAACUGUAUGGGAUUGUACCUGCUAAACUGUUUAUUUUUAAGAUUACCUUUAUUUCCUCAUAGGUUCCUAAGGCUAUGGAUUGCAGUGCUGGUUAUCUACCCUACAAACCAGGCAGUCAUUGCCCUGACCUUCUCAAACUAUGUCCUGCAGCCUCUCUUCCCAACCUGCUUUGCACCGGAAUCUGGUCUUCGUCUCUUGGCAGCUGUCUGUUUGUGUAAGUAAACCUGAGAUUUCUGUAUUGAACCUUGCCAGAGCUGAAUUAACUAUAAUCUUAAUAGCUGAUUUUUAUUUUUUUUUUAUUUUUUUUCCUGGGUGCCAGGUCCAUCUAGGGUUAACCCUGCAGCUGUAACAUAGCUAUGUUUACAUUAGGGUUAAUCCAGCCUCUAGUGGCUGUCUCAUUGACAGCCGCUGGAGGCGCUUCCGCGCUUCUCACUGUGAUUUUCACAGUGAGAAGACGCUGCCGUCCAUAGGGUAGCAUUAAGAAAUGCUUUCGUAUGGACUGAUUGAAUGAGCGUGCGGCUCUAGCUCUGCAUGUGCAUUUGGUGGAUGACGUCGGAAGAGGGAGGAGAGUCCCCAGCGCCAAGGGAGCUCGGCGCUGGAGAAAGGUAAGAAUUUAACCCCUUCCUCUCCCUUCAGUCUGGCGGGAGUGGGACCCUGAGGGUGGGGGGACCCAAAGACCCUACAGUGCCAGGAAAACGAGUUUGUUUUCCUGGCACUAUAGUGAUCCUUUAACUGAAUGUUUAUUAUUUAUUUUUUUGCAAAUACUUUUUUUUUUUAUUAAAGUAAAUGCACAAAAUAUACAUGCCAGUCAGAAUUUUUUUUAUGAUUUCAAGAAUAUAUAUGUCUAUGUGUGUAGUGGAUGCAGUGAGGAUAUUUCAUUAGUGAAUGCAGUAUGUGUGUUUGUGCCGUGAGUGUUUGUGUAGUGUGGGUGUGUAUAUAAUGAAUGCAGUGUGUGUUUGUGCAGUGAGUGUUUUGUUUGGUAUGUUAAGUGUGUAAAAUGGGGGUGAGGGGGUUAUUAUUUUUGAAUUUAUGUUUUUGUCCCCCUCCCUGCUUAUAUAGCAUUCACUGGUGGUCCGUUGGCAUGGACUGUGCAGAGGGGGCCCAGCAACACUCUUGCUCACCUUCCCAGCAGCUCCCCUGUCUAACUGUCAUGGCUUGUGUGCUGCAUGGAGCAUCGCCAUGGUAACCCUUAUCUUUAUUGGUCAAUAUUGCUGAAAAUACAGCAUAUCGGCCAAUAUUAUGGGCCAGACCGAUAAUUGGUCGAUCCCUAAUGCCUAAUCCCUAAUAAUUUGUAUUACUCAGUUGUGUGGGUUAUGUGUUACUGAUUUUGGUUCAUAGGAAUUCUUAAUCCCUCUAGAUUAAAAUUCUAUGACACUUUUCACUUAAGUAAUAGUGCAUUUACUCUGAUGCUGUUUCCUUUCUUAAAUAUAUGCGCUACACAGGGACAGAUUAGUUUGGUUAGUCUUUACAAAGCACAAUUACCUCCAGGUUACCAAGGAAUAUUCAAAUACAGGUAUCUGAAAGCUCCAGUAAACCCUUGUCUGAUAUCCCUUUGCUAUCAUUCGUAAUCAGUUAAGUGUUUAUUGGACCUUGGUUCUGGCCCUGGAAUUCAUCACUGCAGAUAGGGGGAGGAGGUGUUUUGGACUGCACUCGAGGGACAUGGUGCCAAGCUGACGGCAAAAGAAGAUCCUGCUCAAACUGGUUCCCUGGAAGCUCAUAGAAUAGGGGGGUGGUGUGGAGGAUCUGGAUUAUGCAAGCACAGCUGGGUCUGAAAUGUCAUUAUUCAGACAGCCUGAUUACUAAGGCUGAGUCAGCAAGAAUGGAGCAAGAGGAGAAAAUAAUAGACUUAUCCAGUGUUUAUGUGGGACCCAGAGGCGUUUGAGUUGCCAGGAGAGACUAGCGCUUGUUUUUCAAGUACAUACAAUACCUGGAGCCAUUUCACUAAACUGCGGUUUAAUAUUUAACAAAUGCUUUCUUUUUUUUAUACAGAUAUUUUAUUGCUCAUUAAAAUAAGUAUUCAAGACACUCAGCAGUAUGAAAGUAAAGUAGCUUAUUGUUGGGCAGGGUGCUAAAUACAGUUUAUCUCUGUAUUAAUCGGUGUUCAACAAUGCUCACAGACUUUACUUGUUCCUGAUUUCAGUUUCUCCUUCAGACCUCCUUGUACUGCAGGGUUACUGAUAAUUGGAAUGCCGGUAUUAGUAUGUAACAAAAGGUUACUGCAGGACAAGUCACUGUAGCCAUUGAUUCAAAUUAUGUAUUACACUAAAUGAUAGUGUGGCAGUGGAGCCUGCAGGCAUAUAGUCUGGCGUGCUGUAUCCACAUGGUUUGAUAGUGUUAAGAAUAGCAGCAAUAAUACUUAACAUUUGACUCUGACAGGAGAACAGCUCAGUGUUUACAGGUGUGGAAUCUGUACUGCUUGUUUUAGAUUAGCACAGAAUAAAGUUCCUCAGCCCUGGUGUUAAAUAAGUAUAAUGAUAAACUGUGCAUUUGAAAUUUUUACCAUCUUAUUCCCCUGAAGACCCAGUUUAGCAGAUUUAUUUUUAAAUUAUUAAAUGCAUUGUUUCCUUACAGUCUUUUUCUGACAUUCGAUCAGAUCUUUAAAUUGCAUUAUGUCAUAUUAUAUGUUGUUUUUUUAGCUUGGCUGUUUUCUCCUCUCCCCCAUCUCUGGUUAUUUCUGGUUUUCUUUCCCACGUGAUCGAUUCUACCCUCCCCUCCCAUCUGUCUUCUAGUAUUCUUGAGCUUGAAAACAAGCUCCUUAAGCUGGCAGGAUGCCUUUAUCAGCACUAGGAUAUUUUACAUGUACAGGAAUAACCUCCAAAUAUUGAUCUAGGGGAAAUGACGACCGUGUACCUCAUCUGGGAAUUAUCAUUGCCGAGAGGAAUAUAAGAGAGAAAUGGAGAGGGAGAGUCUGUGUGUUAAGAGCAGCGAUGGCAGCGGUUUAAUGAUGUAGAGAAACACUGACAAAUACUUGUUUUUUUUUCUCUUUCUCUUCAUAACUGGAUCUGUUUUUAUUGUAAAAGAGUACUACCUAAAGUUAACCUGCAGUGGAAAGUUGUGUCCUUGCAUGUAAGGAUUAACUGCAAUAAAGAGAGUUAAUUUCAUAAUUCCAUCCCACAUACAGAAGUAAUUUGCUACUUCUCCCACUUUGAGGUUACAUAGUUAUAUAGGCUGAAAAAUUGACAGCACCUUGUUGCCUAGUUUGUUGUCUAUAUCAAUUCCCAAAUUCUUCUCAUUUGUGUUAUCCCUAAUUCACUACAAUUUACGUUGUAAGUUGCUUGUGUAUUCUUCACCCCAAAGUGCAUAACUUUGCAUUUAUCUAUAUUAAAUUGCAUCUGCCUUUCAAAUAUCCUGUCCACUAAACUAGCUAAAUCCUUCGUCAACAAAAAAAUAUCCUGCUUGCAUUGUAUUAACUUACCAAGUUUUGUGUCAACUGUAAACACCAACACGUGACUUUAAAUGCCUAUUUAAAGAUAGUUUAUAAAUAUAUUUAAUUAAAAAAGUUAUUGUUUCUGUACUAAAAAACCUGCCAUCUAAAUGUAAUUAUAGACAUAUGAUUUGUUAGCAACAUCACCACGCUUGCGUUAUAUUUUAUAUUAAAGAGACAGCUGUGAUAGCAGCUUUAGUAAAUUGGUAUAUUAAUUUUCCAUUAUUUGUAUGUGUCAAUUGCGAGUCAUUCGGAGUAUGUAAUCUGUAUAUUGUAAAGAAAUUCACCUCUCAUUUUCCUUUGUUUGUACCACAAACUCACCACCUUUGCAUUAAAUAUUGUACUAUGCAGUAAAGGACCUCUAAUUUGUUCCACGGCCACUGUGCAAGACAUAUAAGUCUGUAAUAGACUGUGAUGCUAUCUCUGCAGUGGGUGAAACUCUGUUUAGUAAUUGCAAUGUAGGCCUCGAUUUAAUAGGCUUUACAAAUGAUGCAAUAUUGUUGGAAUAUCCACAAAAAUCCCAAAGACUUUAAAUAGUGACUUCUGUAGACAAAAUAAUUGGGAAAGUUUUUCUAAAAGUAUGGAAUCAUUUGGAAAGCUUAUUAAAUGGAAGGCAAUAGUGUCAUUAUAGUAUAACAGCUAGCAGUGAGUUUGUAGGGUGGGUUGGUGGCGGUUUCUGACCACUGUUUAUCAACCCUCAGCACCCCUAUACACACCCUGCCUCUAUGUGUGCGUUAUCGCUGCCUGACUGAUCUUCUUCAAUUCCUUAUGCAUAUAUUCCUUAUCAAUGAACAGGGUGAUGGGCAGGUUCCAUUAUCAUAUUUUUACAGGAACGGAUACUGGGUGUUGACAGAGAAGGGCUAAUUGUUUCACCUCACCCCCUCAGUCUUCCUGUCUCAUGCAUAAACUUGCUGUUUAGGAGUAUUUGUGUUGUAUUGGUAGGCAAAGCAUUUCGUGCCUAGACUUGGGGCACAGGAAAUAGUACCAGAUAUGCUUCACACAAUGGGAUACGUGGGAAACCUACUGUUACUGCUGGACAACUUUUCCAAGAUUUAUAUGCCAGUCCUUGAGAAAUGUAAUCCAACGGCAUCUGGAGAACUUGUAAACAUGUUCCAAUAUUGUAAUGUGGAACUACUAGUACCAAGGAAACACAUGGCUCGUUUCUGCUUUUUCAUUUGGUGAUAGCUUCACUUUAAGCACAUUGUCCCACUUUUUUGUUUAGGGGAUUUGUUUGCACCAGGGUCUACAAAUCUACUUCAACAUGCUUGGUGUUCUUGUUUUGGAUUGGAUACUCUGCUUGCAUAACACUAGUAUGCUUUCAUGCCCAGGUUAUAGGCGUGUGCAGGGAGCGUGAUAGGGUUGCCUGGGCACACCCUAAUGCAGGGCCAAAUUACCAUUUAUGCCCCCUGGCUAUGUCUGUAUGGCACUAUUGUGUGAGUUGGGAUUAGUUUAUUAUGUUUUUGAAGCAAACAUCUGUAAACACCUAGUUAACCUUAGAGCAAACGUGCAUUUUGUACCUCUUUUCUAAAUUUGUAUUUUUGAAGCAAAUUUUAGAUUAGUAAUUUUAUCUGGGUGCACAUCCUAAUGCAAUGUGCUGUGCGCACUUAUGCCCGGGUUUAUUACAUACGGUGGAACAACCAGCAACCAAAACUGUUAACACUGUUGUGAGCUCUAUAAUUUGCACCGAGGUCAAUACGAUCUGUGGUGUCUUUAGGUAAUAACAGUAGCUUGCACUGCGUAUUGCACGUGGUGCUUUCUAUAAAAUAGGAUGAGCCUUAGUUUGGUCCUUGCAGGGUAUGCAAAAAUAAGAGCUGGUUGAUCUGCUUGAUACCAGCAUGUAAUGGCAUGUCGUUGAUUUUUUUUUCUUUCUUUAAUAGUGCUGCUGACUUGGGUAAACUGUGCCAGUGUGCGAUGGGCCACACGUGUGCAAGACAUUUUUACUGCAGGAAAACUGCUAGCUCUGGGAUUGAUCAUCAUCAUGGGAAUAGUCCAGAUCUGCAAAGGUAAAUGCCAAUGUGUCUGUGUGUCCUCCAGAGUUUACCGUUAAUCACAUGGACAUUUCAUUGAAGUGUGCUGUUUUAUAAAUGCAAAAUGUUUAUUACUAAUAAAAUCGCUAGUUACCCUGCUGAUAUUGUUGCAAUAAAACAAAAGAAAGAAAGUAGACUAUCACUUUCAGUCUGGCAUUAGUCAGCCCUCGAGAACCUCACCCUAUCAAUUUACUGCCAUUUGACCACACAGUCUUGUUCUGUGAAAAGUUUAGUCAUGUUUACUUGUCUGUUGCAGAACGGGAACAUAUUCUUCCUCAGCCGUAAAGGAACCCUCCAAAUCCUUAAAGCACUUUAGCAUGUUAAAGUUUUUAAGGGUUUUACAUUUUAUCCAUUCUAUCUCAAUUUAUGAAAUUAAUUUAACAGGAAAUCGGCACAUUUAUAAAGCCCCUUUGUAAGACCUCCCUACUGUCAACCAGACUGUUGGGAGAGUUUUCUUUCUCACUAGCUUUAACUCACUUAAAGCAGAAUUGAGGACUUCUCGUUGAGAGGAAAUGGUUUGAGUGCUUCUCUAGUUGAGUUAUCACAGCAUUUGCCAUGCUUGCACCCUGUGUUCCUAUUGUUUGUCUAUGUGAAGGAUUAAAUUGACCGGGAGAUCAACACUGGCAGAGCUGUGACCAGAAGAUAGUCUUGUCUCUGGAUAAGAGAUGAGUAACUUUUUUUUUUUUUAAGAUACAUUUGGGGGCUCUAAAUCGAAAUGUAAAAAUGAACACUUCAAUGUGGAGUGUUCUUUUAUUUUAGUGACUUACUAUUUCCCUAUCUGUGUUUACUUCACUGAGAACUAUGAGAAACAUGCAAAGCAAAUGCCAAUAGAGUUAUUGUAAAAUAGACUGAUUUCAAAUGUAAGGCCACAGUAGCAAACCUGGAAGCAUAGCCGACAAAAUUGUUCCAGUUUGGCUAUUUUGAGCUUAAAGGACCACUAUAGGCACCCAGACCACUUCAGCUAAAUGAAGUGGUCUGGGUGCCUGGUCCAGAUAGGAUUAACCCUUUUUGCUGUAAACAUAGCAGUUUCAGAGAAACUGCUAUGUUUACAUUAGGGUUAAUCCAGCCUCUAGUGGCUGUCACAUUGACAGCCGCUAGAGGCGCUUCCGCGCUUCUCACUGUGAUUUUCACAGUGAGAAGACGCCAGCGUCCAUAGGAAAGCAUUGAGAGUGCUUUCCUUUGGACUGGCUGAAUGCGCGUGCGGCUCUUGCUGCGCAUGCGAAUUCAGCUAGGGACGUCAGAAGAGGGAGGUGAGUCCCAGCGCCGGCGCUGGAAAAAAGGUAAGGGAUUAACCUCUUCCUCCCCCUUCAGCGCCAUGGGAGUGGGACCCUGAGGGUGGAGGCACCCUCAGGGCACCAUAGUGUCAGGAAAACGAGUUUGUUUUCCUGACACUAUAGUGGUCCUUUAAAUUUUAAUUAACUUUGGAGAUUAAAGUAAAUUGCGUAAACUGUUCACAAGUUAAAGAAAAAAAACUUGCAUGGGAUCUGUAUUCUGGAGAUUUGCACCAAGGCGGGAUGUUAAACAUAGAAAAGUGUUGGAGUAUGCUAUUGUAUCUUGAACCACCGUAUGGUCUCAUUGCUUGCGUGUACCCAAUAAACAGUAUAGACAGAGUGGUCAUAGUUAACAUUGCCCUGAUAUAAGUUAAAGGUUCCUGUGGGAAUAUAAAUAAGAAAUUACAUAAAAACUGAGGUGUAAACCUUGAAUAGACAGUCCUAACCUGACCAACUUAUGUACUACAAUAGCCCAUCGAUAUAGCAUACAGACUGUAUAGAUUGGGAAAGUGAUAGGAAAACAAGUGAGAUGUGGAGCAGGGGAGAACUUUGUUGAUUCAUGACUUUUUGUUGUACUUAAGUUGCAUGUGGGUUUUAAUGACUUUAUUUUUUAUUUUGUUGUUUUCUCUUCUAAGGGGAGUAUUUCUGGCUUGAGCCAAAAAAUGCAUUUGAGAAUUUUCAAGAACCAGACAUUGGGUUAAUUGCCCUGGCGUUUCUACAGGGAUCCUUUGCAUAUGGUGGCUGGAACUUCCUGAACUAUGUCACAGAGGAACUAGUCAAUCCCUACAAGUAAGUGAGGCAACAAUGGAAGAGCAGAUCUUGAUUCUGGAUAGCUAGGUUCACAUUUCACACAGAUAGUGUGUAAACUCUAUUACCCUCUAUUACCCUUACUUGCAUACAUUGAUCAGGAGCUAAGUGAAUGAUUUCAUUAUCAGAGUCAGUAUCUUAAUCUUCUGUGCAAAGCAUUGAAUCACUGUAUAUACCAUAUAUUUGCUGACUUGACUUUUAAUUUGCAUUAUAAAGCCAGGUUUUUAAACGCUACAUGGAGGUUUUGGUUUCAUUUUGUUAUGCACAACUAGAGAGCACAUGGAAUCUGAAUUUUAGGCAAUCAAAAGCUAGUUAUUGACCUUAAUAACUAUAUUAUUCUAAAGUUAUGUUUGUUAACUGUUCUCUUUCUUCCUACAGAAAUCUCCCACGUGCCAUAUUUAUAUCUAUCCCACUUGUCACUUUUGUGUACGUUUUUGCAAAUAUUGCCUAUGUGACAGCCAUGUCCCCUCAGGAGUUACUGGCUUCCAAUGCCGUAGCUGUGGUGAGUACACAAUGGUAUAUCUCAUAGUGUGUUGGGUUACUCUCUGACCUAUGAUCCAACAUAUUUCUACAUUUAUAUUCACUCAGCCCUUUUUUUUCUGUCUCAUAUUUAUUUUUUAACAAAUAUAUUUUCAAUUUUCACCACCUCCUCUCUCUUUUGUUAGACAUUUGGUGAGAAGUUGCUAGGUGUGAUGGCCUGGAUCAUGCCAAUAUCUGUGGCUCUCUCAACAUUUGGGGGAGUCAAUGGUUCUCUCUUUACCUCUUCCAGGUUAGUGUGAGGUGAUCGCUAGCAUGUGUUUGUGCAAGCAUUAUAACACUAUGGGUGUUGCAGGCUUGAUGAGUGCUGUAACUUGCUCCUCUGAUUAUUCUUCAGGUUAUUCUUUGCUGGAGCUCGAGAGGGUCAUCUUCCCAGUGUGCUGGCGAUGAUUCACAUUAAGCGCUGUACUCCAAUUCCAGCUCUGCUCUUUACGGUAAAGUAUUACCAAAUUUCGUUUACUUCAUUUUCCUCACUCCCAACUCCUAGUUUUUGGUUUCCUUUACUUUGUACUCACAGUCAUUCCUUGUCUCCACAGUGCCUCUCCACAUUGUUGAUGUUGGUGACCAGUGAUAUGUACACUCUCAUUAAUUACGUCGGCUUCAUAAAUUAUUUGUUUUAUGGUGUGACAGUUGCUGGACAGAUUGUCCUACGAUGGAAGAAGCCAGACAUCAUUCGGCCUAUCAAGGUGGGGGCGAUAAUUAUGCAUUGAUAUAGUAUCCGUGUCAUAUGAAAGGUGAUCACAAGAAGGGCACAGUGAUCUAAAGAAGUAAAGAAACAAAUCUAUUUAAACAAAUAUAUUUUAUAAACCGUUUUCCUUUAAGUAGGGUCUAAGUUCCCUGCACUGAUUUCCUGUAAGUGAUUUAAUUGUAAAACGAUUCAUUAAUUGUGAUACAUGUUGAUGAUAUUACAGCCCUAGUCUUAUCAGGCAAAGUUAAACAACUUAAAUUAUUGCAAAAGCAAAAUCUGUAUAUACACAGUACUCUUAACCCCUUAAAGGACCACUCUAGGCACCCAUACCACUUCAGCUUUAUGAAGUGGUCUGGGUGCCAGGUACCUCUAGGAUUAACCCUUUUUAUUUUUUAUAAACAUAGCAGUUUCAGAGAAACUGCUAUGUUUAUACUGAGGGUUAAUCCAGCCUCCAGAGCCUCUAGUGACUGUCUCAUUGACAGCCGCUAGAGGCGCUUGCGUGCUUCUCACUGUGAAAAUCACAGUGAGAGCACGCAAGCGUCCAUAGGAAAGCAUUGUAAAUGCUUUCCUAUGCGGCCGGCUGAAUGUGCGCAGCUCCUGCCGCGCAUGCGCAUUCAGCCGAUGACGUCGCGAGCAAGGAGGAGAGGAGGAGUACAGCUCCCCGCCCGGCGCUGGAGAAAGGUAAGUGUUUAACCCCUUCCUCUCUCCGGAGCCCGGGGGAGGGGGUCCCUGAGGGUGGGGGCACCCUCAGGGCACUAUAGUGCCAGGAAAACGAGUGUUUUCCUGGCACUAUAGUGGUCCUUUAAGGACCAAACUUCUGGAAUAAAAGGGAAUCAUGACAUGUCACACGUCAUGUGUCCUUAAAGGGUUAACCAGGAAACAACCUGGCGAAAAGUACAGAAAGGGUUAGAGGGGUACUAAAGGGCUUAACCCUAGAACAUACAAGAAAAAUGAGGGAAAAAUACUCUACAUAGAGAGGGAGCCAAUCCCAUCAACACCAGUACCCCCUUCAGAACAAUAUAUAUAAAAGCUUGCAGAAAACUGUAUCUCAGACACAGCUCAAAAAAUAAUAAAGUGUUAUUAAUAGUGAAAAAACGUUAAACACACAAAAUCUGAUUUGCAAAUUUCCUGCGAGAAUUCAAGCAUUUGCGAAAACAUUUGAAACAGGAGAGAAAGUAAAGCUAUUAAUGUUGGCUCUGUACACUCACUAAUAAGCUCUUUCUUUGUCCAUAGGUUAACCUCAUCUUUCCAGUAAUCUACCUCCUAUUCUGGGCCUUCCUGCUUGUCUUUAGUCUUUGGUCUGAGCCUGUGGUAUGUGGAAUUGGCCUGGCCAUCAUGCUCACGGGGGUUCCUGUCUAUUUCUUGGGAGUCCACUGGCAGAACAAGCCACAGUGCUUCAAUAACUUUGUUGGUAAGUAUUGUAUCCUUAUACUGAUGGUAUGUUUCUCACCUUCAUAGACCUGUCCUGUAUAAGCCAACACAAUAGUUUGUUUAAAGAUGGUUGUAGGUAUUUAUUGUUUACUAAGUAAUGAGGAUAAAGUCCCAAAUUGGAACUAAACCUCAGAGAAUAAUCACCAAUAUAUUAUAAUUCCUCUUAAUAAACAAAUUUCCUUUAUUGCUAAAUAUAUGAAGCCACACGACACGCAAAACACACACACACACACACACACACACACACACACAUAUAUAUAUAUAUAUAUAUUGAAGUGAAAAAUAUGAAAUAAAGUAAAAUUAAAACAAAAAGUACCAAUUGACCAGCAAAUAAGAGUAAUAGGAUUACAACUUGUCUAAGGUAAUCGCUUAGAGCUCAUAUUUAAUCCUGUACAUUUACAGUCUGAAUUGGAAGAUCAAAAAUAUAUUAAGUGUACCUGUUGUCAAAGUUACAUUAUAACUGAGCUAACUCUUACUUGAAUUUUAAAUGAAGUAAAUUCUGGAAGUAUCAGGCUGAAAUUAAAUGUGUGUGUGUGUAUGUAUCUCUCUAUCCCCUGAUGAGGAAUGGCUAUAAUUGUAUCCACUUAAUAGAAAUUUGAUAUAAAAUUCCAGACAUAAAUGGAAUAAGUAUUAGAAGUUUAUUCAACACUUAGAUUAUAAGAGGUACUUGUAGCAACUGGUUGCAGUGUAUUCCAAACAAUUGCAGCAAUUAAAUAUGCUUACAAUAACCGGAGUACUAGCAGCCAGAUUUAAGUUAUAAUCAGUGAUUUUUUUGCUGCAAUUAAGGGGCCAAACUGUGUUCUGCGCCCAUUCAUUAUUUUAGUCAUGGAAAGCCAGUAUCUAGAGAUAUCAAAAAACAAUAGGGAAGUGAUAGGGCAGUUAAAUUUGGAAACAGGGUAGAUCACUAGGUAAAUAGUUCAAAGUAAAGAAAUUCCGGAAUUAAUAUCAGAAAGGAGAAUUAUGAACUGAAUCUCCCUAUACCUCACUCGACAUUCUCCCUCCCAGCCUUAAAGGACCACUAUAGACACCCAGACAACUUCAGCUCAAUGAAGUGGUCUGGGUUCCAGGUCCAUCUAGGGUUAACCCUGCAGCUGUAAACAUAGCAGUUUCAGAGAAACUGCUAUGUUUACAUUAGGGUUAAUCCAGCCUCUAGUGGCUGUCUCAUUGACAGGCACUUCUCUCUGUGAUUUUCACAGUGAGAAGAUGCUGCCGUCCAUAGGAAAGCAUUGAGAAAAGCUUUCCUAUGGACUGAUUGAAUGCGCGCGCUUGCCGCGCAUGGGCAUUUGGCGGAUGAUGUCAGAAGAGGGAGGAGAGUCCCCAGCGCCGAGGGAGCCCUGUGCUGGAGAAAGGUAAGAAUUUAACCCCUUCCUCCCCCAGACCCAAAGACCCUAUAGUGCCAGGAAAACAAGUUUAUUUUCCUGGCACUAUAGUGGUCCUUUAAUGCUUCAAGGUAGUUCCCCUGAUCUCAGAAUAAAAACCUUAAUUAGAAUAUACUAUUUCCCAAAAAUCACUUGGCAAAUUAAUAGCCACGAAUACAUGGGUUUCCUCAGAAUAAAACCAGGCAGGGAAAUCAACAACGCCAUGCCAGAUUUUAAAAGAAGUAGAGCCCGUCCUCGGAUGAUGUCUUCUGGGGCCCGUCAUAUAGUAGUGCCCGCCCAUAUCUGAACGCACCUACUCUAGUUCAGAACUUACAACUGGGCGCAUGUACAUCAAGUCAUCCCCGACGUCAUCGUAAGUCACCCCCCCCCCCCGGUACAUUAACCUGACAGUGUCCCACCUACCCAUGUUUAUGAAAAAUAGGCAGCAUUAAUGUAGACGUACACCUACCCUUCAUACAAUGCUAGAGUGCCGAUCUCACUGUUUUGAACAGAAUGCAGUUGAUCAUGCAGCACAUAGUACAGAGAGGGUGGCAUACUUAAUGCAAUAUUCCCAUUACAUAUAGCGACUGUGUACCGAUCCCAGAGUGAAAUAAAGACCAGGAAAGAUUUUCAUGAUAAGGUAUCAUAUUUGUCUCCCCUGAAUGCUAAGAUACUACUACUCAACCAUAUAUUAGACAUAUAGAAUUUAUAUAUUAUGUCAAACAGGAUAUAUAUGUGCAGCUAGUAUAUAGAUAGCAUCAUCAUUCUUCAUAGAAUGAAUCAGACUAGAGGAUAUCUUAAAUCACACAAAUGGGUAAUUAUCCCUUAUAUUAAUAUAAUAAAAAAUUGGAUAUCUUAUUCAUGACACACUGUUAAAGUUAACAAUAUCAACUGCAGUAAAGGGUUUUUGAUAAUAUAUUUAAUCCAGUGUUCCUGUGGGUGAGUUAAAUGAGAAACAAGUAAUCCCAUGUGUUCUUAUAUUGCUUUUAUUGUUUAACAUUAUUUAUAUUGUAGACAGCCUAUAGAGGUGGAGUUAACCUUGAAAGGUAAUUAUUGCAGUUUCUUAAAAACUUCAAUAAUUACUUUUGCAGGGUUAAGGGACCUGGGGCAGUGCACCCAGACCACUUCAAUGAACUGAAGUGAUCUGGAUGCUUUAAGUGUCCCUUUAAGUGAAAGCAGACGCACAGUGAGAAAUUUUGAGAGUGGAAACAGCCUUGGGAGACCAGGCUUCCUGCUCCCUUCACUGUGCUUCCGGUGUUCACAGUCACGGGGCAGCCAGGAUUCCUCUCUCCUCUGGUGCUAGGGCAGGUAAACGGCGGAGAGGUGCCCAGCAGAUGAAUGGCAGCACUAAGGGCUGGCUAAGGAGCUCCUCUCCCAGCACACCAGCAGCAGGGCAGCCCACCAGGAAACCUCUCCUUGUGCGCCCAUGGCAGAUUUGAACCCCAGGCAAAUGCCUUAUUCACCUAAUGGUAGUGCCUGCAUCUGAAGCUCUCUCUUUUUCUGUUGGUAUUUAUUGUUGAUGUUUACUUAACAUAUGUACCUUGAUGAUAUGUUUCAAUCUCAGAUGCAAUGACACGUGCUGGCCAGAAACUCUGUGUGGUGGUCUACCCCCAAAUGGACAGUAAAGAUGAAGAUGUAAGCGAGGAAACCAAGGAACAGAGUACUCCAAUCUAUAAGCCAGGUUCUGGAGCAGGAGAUGGAGCUCAUGCCUGAUUUCUAAAUUCUCCUCUACAAUGAUCAUUUCACUCCACGUCUGCUGCCCCUGUAUACCUUGAGAGUAUAUAUAUAUCUGUUGACAGGACUACAGUACAGCUCUACCACGAUAGAUGGAAUUUAGUGUGUAUGUGCACUUGUGUGUAUGUGAGUCUUUGUAUGCGUGUCAGUAUUCCUGUGUGCACCAAUGCAGUGCUGGUUAUCAACAUUGUAUUUUCCAGUUUCCAUAGCCCUCAGGUAAUUUUGGGGUACCAGGGUAGUCACUUGCUUUGAAGUCAGUGCUGUGUAAUUGUGUGUCACAGAGUCUGUGUGUCUUUGGAACUCUGCUGUAUACUGGGGUUGUUUUAUCUCCCAAUAUGGUGUCAUUAUUUCAUGUAAUGGCUCCCCCUGGUGGCAAACAAAGAAAAGCUGCAGGUUAAAUAGACUUUUUGAUGAGCAGCCUGUGUUGUUUGUGGGUUUACACCUAUCCACUCUGUCGCAGUCUGAGCUGCCUGUUGUGCUAUCUCUACCUGUGGAUUCAUGAUUUGACCAACAAUCUGAUCUUUAUACAUAUUACCCUUAGCUGUCCAGAUUUGCACUGCUAGAGGAAGACGUCUGCCUGACAAUCAUGAGACCUGCACAGGACUGACCUUUCUCCUCUGCUACUGCCUGCACAUGGAAGAUAAUAGAACUUCCAUGUGUAUAUCUUGCUGCUCACUUGUAAUAAAGGCGCACUCCACUGUGGACUCAGGUCUUUAUCCAACUGACUGUCACAGGACUUUUGGGUUCUCAAUCCUUACUCCAAAACUGCGGUUACCUAUUGUCCAACUAGAAGACCUGUGUCAUAUGUUCACACUCCGAGAAUUGUGGGUAAUUACCCACCUAUUUGUGUGUUUUUUUUUUUUUAUUCUUCAUUUCAGAAUUCUCCACGUUUUAUAUAUAUUUUUUAUUUAGAAUCUCAUUUCUGAAUGUAAUAAACUGGAUCUUGUGCCUUUUUGUUGAGAGGUUAGUGUGUAUAUAAUCAUGUCUAAAGAGUUUGUAACACAAGGUAGGGGUAUGCUGCUUUAGAAGAGAUGUGAGUAAUAUGUAGUCAUUGAUUAGGAUACUGUGUCUCCACUACUGCAUCUUGAAGGAAGAAUAUUUUGGUUUAUGAUAGCCCUUAAUUUUAUAUUAGCGUUAAUUCAUUGUCAUUGCACAAACAUCAUAGCAGCAAAAAAAAAAACCAACGUAUUUUUUUUGUUUGACUUUUCUUUUAGUAAGAACUUGCUUCAGAUUUAGAGCAUUUACUUUUAAAUACGAUCUCACUAUUUCUAAUAGAGCUGCUACACAAUAAUUAAAAAGCUAAAUCAGGGUUAAUACAGUGCAUCUUAUGUACAUGUGCUAGAAACUGGCAUUAAUUUCCAUGUAACAUACUAAAUACAUUUUACAGUAAUAUAUAAAAAUGAUUUGGAUUAGAAAAAUAACAACCAUAAUGCUGUGGUCUUGUUGGAGAUUGCAUUGUGGGUAUUCAUAGACAAACCAAGGAUUAAUAACGAUCAUGAACUUUAUUAAUCUCUUUCUCUGGGAUUGUUCCAAAAUUCUUCAUGCACAUUCUUUGGAUUUAAUGUACAGCAAGCUGAAAACAAUUGUUGGUUGAGAUACAUUUUUGCUUGUUAGAAGAAGUAUCGUGCAACUGCGCUGGGACAGUAUUUACACGUUCUCUUCUUUUUAUGGAUCUGACCCCAUGGCAUUUCUUCUCAGAGGUCCUCAUCUGGCUGAUAGGGAGUCCAGUAGCUCAUACUAAAACCUGAACCUCACAAGUGGCAAUUCUUUUGAUGAUGGAUUCACACAAAGGUGGAAAUAUGUGACACUACAUUAAAUAACUCUAAGGUAUUUUUUUUCUUUUUUUAAAAUGCCUUUUUUUUUUUUUUUUUUAAAGCAAGAUGCUUGUACCCGUACUGUUUUGCCAACAAAACACAACCAGUGAAAUAGUCAACAGCUUUAAAAUGCAUACGGUUGUAUCAUUUUCUUCCAUGAAAGUUACCAAAAGUCUUCUCACCUUACAGUGCCCGGUGCAGUGCAGUUAUAUAUAUAAAAAUAAAUAUAUGUAUGACUUAUUAACUGAGGACCAUGCUUGCUGUCACUUGAUAAAUGAAAUUAGUCCAUAUGUGUGAUAUAUGAGGUACAAUCCAUUAAAAAAAAAUGCUCUUUCAGAUUAAUUGAUGCUUCUAUGGAAUAAUAUUACACAUAUACACCACUAAGCUAAUGAGAAAUCAUGAAAAACUAAAUAAAAUAAAUUAUUUUCUAAUAAAAUAUACAA